AUGACCAGGGGUGCUUGGAUGCGUCGGCAGCAUGAUGAGGGCUUAAAAUACUGGUUUGCACCCCGAGAGAACGAGAAGCCAUUUACCGAGUCGGAGCGGGCCCAGAGAUGGCGACUGUCGCUGGCCUCUCUGCUGUUCAUCACCGUCCUGCUCUCUGAUCACUUGUGGUUCUGCGCCGAGGCGAAACUGACGCGAACCCGAGACAAGCGCUCGGACGAGGGGCUUGCUUUUACGGACAUGGGCGAGUACCCAAACUCCCUCCACCGACAGCAUAUCCCAACAUCACCCGACCCCAACAGUCUCGCCAGAAAGCAAGAUGUUAUUUUUCUAGGGAAUUCUACCAAACCUCUGUCGCGAAUGGACACCUGUCAUCCAGACAGCCUGUCCAAGGACUGCUUUACUUUCACGGACGCGGAGACCGUGUGCCUGGGCCUCUCCGGUGGAGGGGAGAACGGGACGCAGUUGGCGUACGUGAAUCUGAGCGAUUUGUACCUUUCUUUUUGUAAUUCCUACUCACUUUUGGAUUUGUUUUACGGGUUUACGAGUGUGGACGAUUUGAAUUGCACCCUGGAUAUGGCCAUGGGGGUGGACCUGCUGGGAUGCAGCAAGUGUGUCCGGGCUUAUCAGCUUCUGGACCAGCGGGCGGAGGACAACUACCGGGAGUUUGAACUGCUGGUUCAGAAAUACGAGACGGAUGCGUACUCGGUUAGGACGUGCAUGGAGGAAUGCAAGAUGGUUUAUAAGCCCUGGCUGUGUUCUCAGUACUUCCAGACCACCCAGAUGCACUGCAGUAAGCGAAUCCCCUGUGGUCAGUACUGCCUGGAGGUGCAGCAGCGGUGCCCCUUCGUCCUGCCCGACAAUGAUGAUCUCAUUCAUGGAGGCAGCCCCAGUUUUAUAUGCACAGGGCUGCUGGAGGACUAUCCAUCAGGUGUUGACCCAGGUGCAGAGUGCUGUGACGUGCGGUGGGACUUAAAAGUGGACAACCGUUCCCGGGGGACCCUGAAAAGAACUCACCCGCCGUGCCAGCACCGUACCUCCCUCAGCUCCUCGGCAGCCUGCAGACUGUGUAACAGCCGGCUCAAACUCUGCCUGCUGGUCCUCGUCCUCCUACACACUGUUGCCAGCCUCACUGCAUCCCACAAUGCAACAGGACUGGGCCUCCCCGCCAUCACGCCUCUGGAGGAGAGCCCUGCCAACGAGGAGUGA